CCUCUUCAAGCAUAAAAGCCCAUCAAAGGAUCCUUUUUAGAUAAACAACUGCGCAUGCUCUCAUUCACUUCUAUUAACACUUUGGCAUCACCAUUUGGCUUAACAUGUAUGUUUUUUAGAUUGGGGGAGGGCAUAAAGAGAGCAAACAGUGUCUGUAAAACUGGCAUCUGAACCAAGACCCUUCUAGCUGUGAGGCAGCACGAUCACCAUCACGGCACCACCAUGCCCCUGGAUGUGGGUAAUGAAGUUAACUCACUUACAGAUUCUGUGAGGGACCUUUUUCUAAAAAAACGUACAUUAAAAAGAAACAGAAAACUAAUGUCCGGGCAGGACUCAGAGGACGUCAAAGUUUCUUUUUAUACAAAUUCAAUUUCAAGCUAAAGAUGCUAUUCAUGAGAAGUCAGAACAACUCUCUCACUGAGUUUUUAUGUGUCCAAAAAUAUAGUUUAAAAACUCUGGCAGUCUUUUAAAAACCUUUAUGCCUCUGAACGCUUUAAAAUACACCCAAACUGUCCAUUGACAAAAGGUCAGGUUCAUGUUUUUGAUGAUCUGCAUUGUGUCUGCCUGACCUUAAGUGAUGAGCAGAGAAAGGAGCAACUAAAAUGUGUCUCUUCACCCGCAAUUUCUGAAACUAGUAGCGCAUCACAAAAAUGACAAAGAAUGAAUGUGAAAGCAUAGAAAUGACUACUCUCUUGUCACGCUGAAAUCAAAGGUUAUCGGUGAGUAGCCCUGACUAACUUUGACUAAUUCAUCCAUAAGUAUUCGUUGUGCGAUGAUUGGCUGCUCUGAGCUGUCAGGUAAUCACUGGAUAGGACAGCGAUAAGCCGGGUUGGGGAAUUCUGUUGCAGGUUGAUAUGACAUCUCAACUUUGCCCCAUGAAAUAAAACUCAGGCAAUUCUCACACUCGCUGAGUCCACAGAGGAGCAUAUUGAUCCAGUCCCCUGUUGUGGCUGUUGUUCCUCUGCUGUUGGAUAGUUUCACUGAAAUUCUUCAGCUACUUUAAUGCCAGAAUAAUGACAACAGACAAGAUGCAAGGAGGGAUGGACAUCUUUGAGCGGAUCCUCGGAGACACAGAAGAAUCAAUCAGUUACCACAACAAUCAGUCAUGGACUAUGACUAUUAAUGACACAACAAGCCCUGAAAGAAGUGAUGCUGAUGACUUCUUAGAUGCUCUGCUGCACGACUCUGCCGCUGCGCCAGCAUCUGCUUUGUGGUCCCCCUGCACCACAGACAGUGGCAUUAAUGAAGAACCCCUGACAGACUCCACAGAGAGACUCUAUCCAGCCACUUGCACAGCUUUCCCAGCCUUUGACAUUCAGGCAUAUCCUCAGCCUCCAUCGCUGCAAAGCCAGUCCCCAGCAAGUGAAAAAACUGACGUUUCUAUUGAUUUAGGUUGGGAUUCUGGUGGUCUCCAAGACGAGUUUGGAAUUGCGUACUACCUCACCACAAACCAAAACGCUGUGCUCCCAUCCAGCCAUACGCUCACAGUGAAGGACCUGCUGUUAUCCAACCUGGGACAAAAGGCACGACGAAUCCCCCAGCAUUCCCUGCAGGAGCUUAAUCUUAAUGAAGAUGAGAAAAAGCUUCUUGCUAAAGAAGGCAUAAACUUACCCAGCAAACUGCCCCUUUCCAAGUUUGAAGAAAGGAUUUUAAAGAAAAUCCGGCGGAAAAUUCGCAACAAACGCUCGGCUCAGGAAAGCCGAAAGAAAAAGAGGGAGUACGUUGAUAGCCUGGAAGAAAGGAUGUCUGCGUGUAACACGCAGAACCUGAAGCUACAAAGAAAGAUCCAGCAGUUGGAGGAAACCAACAAUACUCUGCUGGAACAGCUUAACCAGCUUCAGGCUCUUACUCCAAACAGCUCCUGCAGAACUACAAACAAAAGAACCUACAUCCUGGUUUUGCUCCUCUCCUUUUCGCUGCUCAUUUCCUCAAAUAUUCAGCCGGGCCCUUACAGCCAGCACAGCCGGACAGAUUACGCCGAGACCAGAGUGUCGUCUCGCUCCCUGCAGUCUAUGGAUGAAGAGGGAGGCGCCUCUCCUCCCCAUCUUCAACUGUCCUCCAUCUCCUGGGGCUUUGAAGCCCUGAGAGGCCUGACAGGGAAGGUCUUGGCCUGGGGAGACCUCCCCGUCUCUCUCCCACAGGAUGACAGCCAGACGGAUGAUUACAGGUCUUACCUGAGGAGAAUGUAGCAAAGGCGUAGACCUGCUUGCAAGAGCAUCAUCCAACGGAGCAGUUUAAAAGCUAUACAGCAUCUUCUUAUUGCAAACAACAAAAUGAUGCUUCCAGCCAAACUAUGUUCUCAAGUAUGGUCAUGGUUAAUUUUUUCUUAUUGAUAAUAAGUUAUUUAAACAUGUUUGAUCUGUAAAUUAGUGUAAAUGUAUAUUCACUACUGUAUUUUAUUCUCAUCCUUGUAUAUUGUUAAAGAUGACAAAAAUGAUUCAAUAUCCAUUUUGUAGAGUUUCAAUGAAAUGUUGAGAAAGUUCUUUAGUAAAUUU